AUGGAAGAAUGCGUUGUAUGGUUGAAAAAAAAAAAAAGGAAGAAAAAAAAAAAAAGAGAAGUUGAAUGUUUUGUGGCCUUUGUUACUUGAGUAAGUAUGUUUUUAGGAGUGUCACUUUACCUAAUGCCCUAAAGCCAACUGGUUUGGGAGUCAUUGACAGAAAUCUCUCGUUACAUAGGAAUAGUAUCGAGAUUAGGGUGAUGCUAAUGAAGUUUUCAGUGUGAAUUUGUGAUAGUACAAUAAUUAAUUCUUCGAUAUUUUGAUUAGGUUCCUGAUCGUUCUGUCAAUUAGCACUGAGAUUGAGUUUUUGGUUAUGCGAUUUGAGGUAAGUAAAUUUAUGGUAUUGCCCAUACAGUUUUUAAAAGCAUGUUUUGAUUUGUUUUUAAAGUGGUGGCGGGACUAAACCCGUUUUAUACAAAAGAAAGUAUGAUUGAUUUGAAGUGAAAUUUUUAUGCUUUUCAUUAAAUUGAGCAUGCCUAUUUGAAAUUUAAUUGAUUGUCCUGAUGAUUUGAAAGUGAUUGGUGAAUUAUGAUUUUUCUAUUAACUUCUGCUUGUUUUGUCUCUGAUGUGGUUAUGUUAUUGAUAACCCUGCUAGUGGGGGCUAAACGCUAGCACAUGUCGACAUGUUACUGAUAGAACCGGUUCGUUUCUGUUGCCCUGCUAGUGGGGAUUAUACACCAGCAAAUACUGUAGCCUGCUAGUGGGAGGUUUAUAACACUGGCCGUGACCUAUAGAGGAGACGUCUAUUUCAUUCUCGUACUGUAUCCGUUUUUUUUAUUACAGUUGUUGGCAUGCUAUGAGUUUAAUAAGGGGCACUCCAUAUUUACUUACUGAGUUUAUCUCAUAGUUUUCUUAGUCCACUAUUUCAGGAAGCGAAACCGAGAACGGGGAAAUCAUGGGAAGUGACGAGUUAGAAGGCUAGCCAUCUUGUACAGUGAACUUAGAUUGUAGAAAUAAAUCAUGAUCUUGUAAAUGAGAGUGUAUUUGGAGAUUUAUGAUAUUAGAGCAAAUUAUAAAAUUUGAUCUUCAGA